UUAGAUUUUGAAGCUUCUGUGGCUUAGUUGGCGGGCGAGGCGCAUGCGCGCGGCCUGGCGGUUAGUUUGAAUCCAGUGGCGGCCUUAGCAGAGGCGCUGACAUUCGGCGACUGCGGAGAAGGGCUGUUGUCUUUAGCUGCGGGGCGCGGAGACUUCGUAGCGGGAGGUUCUCUUGAGCGGCGAAAGAGGGAGUACACGGGUGCUUGGCUGGGCCUUACGGCGCCCUACCUGGCCAGGUGAAGGGGAGUCGCGGAGUGUCGCCGUGGAGAGAGGGGAACAUUCAGCUGAGGGGAGCUGAAUGAAGCUGGUCUUCUCCGGUAAACUUGGCAGGACCAGUACUCUUUGCGGCCUCCCCGCAGAUUAUUUCCCGCACGACUCUGAAUCCUGGGCUUCUAGCGUUGAAGUGACGGCGGCCCUCCCUUUCCUGCUAUGCAUUUUUAGUCCUUCCCCGCCACGCCUUUGCUUGGCCCCUUAAGCAUCCACCUUGCAGCCCUUCCUGUACUUUUUACUCGGGAGUGGUCAGUGGGGCUUACUUCCAAGAAACCAGUUCUUCCAAGAUGGACAGGAUUUAUUCUGAAAGGAGUGAGGAAAAUGACUUCAUGGAGGGCACAAAAAAAAGAAGGAUUUCCUCAAUUUUAAAAGCUCCACGAACUCCUCUUCGUGAAUUAGCGAGUGAAAAUGAAUUAACUCAGGACUGCGAUAUUGAGAAACGUCAGAAAAACUCUAGGCGUGUCAGUUUUGCAAAUACCAUAAGGGUCUUCCCAUCAGAUCCUCAAACUGUCGUGGAAUUAGACCAUGCCGAAACAGCAGCAGAAGCAAGGGAUCAAGACCCAUUUAAUCAAAAUGAAAAACUGGAGGUGGACCUGUGUGAGAUCACUGGGAUGAACACUUUACUUCAUGCCCCCAUUCAGACGUCUUUGCAGCAAUUAGAGGGUUAUAAAGUAAACACUGGGCAAGAAUGGGACAAAAUGGACAAAACACUAAUCUUUUCAGAGGACAAUGAAAUGGACAUGACAUCUGGUCAUACUAUAAUAAUUAAUCAUGCUGUUGGAACCUGUCAAGAAACUGAUGGGCCCAGAAAAAUAGAUUUCAAAUCAUUUUCAACUGAGUUAAAAUCAAAUCACGAAGCUACACAAAUGAAUGAAUUCAGCUUCCCCAAAGGCCCUACAAAGGUGAAUGAUACAUGUUUAUCUCAACAGAAGACAAACACUGAAAACACACAGAAAAUUAACUUUGAUGAUUUUUUGAAAAGCUUGAAGUCAGCUAAAUUGUUUCCUUCACCCAUUGCUGAUAUUGUUCCUUCAGAGACUCGAGAAAGAAAUAGGUGUUCUUCAAAUGAGAAUAUAUGUUCCCACUUGCAAGGGGAAAAUUGCAACAUGGCGACCGUCUUUAGAAGACUAAAUAAUAGGCAAAACUGUGUAACAUCUAUUCUGUCUAAUGAAAAGACGACUGCUCCUCCUACUUGGUGUGUCGCAGAACAGUUAGGUUGUGGAGAAGCGACUCUGGCUUGUGGAAAAGAAAGUAUGGACAUGAUUAUUACUAAUACAGAAAGUGUUUUGCCACCUGAAACUAAGUCACUUAACAUGAUGAAUCAACAGGAGAAUCUUGGGGGAAAAUAUUCAGUCACUUAUGACAUGGAUAGCUGUAGAUUAAAGACUUCUAGUUAUCAGCUUGGUAUUCAGAAGGAUCCAGCUAUGUGCAUUAAUGAAAUAACUGUAAACAAUAAAGAAACAGGUGUUAACAUAAAACAUGCUAAUAGGGAUGCCUCAGUGGCUUGUUAUCAGGGAACUAGUACAAUACCCAUGCCCGUCACUACUGUGCCUGUUCUUCAUGAUGAUAAAACUAGCUUCUAUGCAGAUAUGGAAAUGACUAAGAAUUACACAGGUUUAGUCUGGGAUCAAAAUUCUAAGGUAAUAGGCAAUUUUGUUGAUGGAGCUUUUGAAAAACAGAGAAACGAUGUCUCCAGGCUAAUGGAGGGAACUGUUUCUAGAGAGGUCCAUCUGGACAUUACUCAAAAUCAACUUUCCACAAAUUCUUUUCUAAAUCAUGUGCAAUGUUCUAACAGUGGAAUAGCUGUACCAAAUCAAGAGGUUAUUUGUGAUAAUUUGGGGCUACUAAAUUCAAGAAUAAAUGCUGGUGCACGGACAUCCUACCUUCCUCAGAGGAAUGAAAAUGCUCCGCUUGCUUCCUUGCCAAGUGAGAAGGCAGCUUUCUUUGCAAAAAACAUCAACUUAAAUAGAAGUCAAGCUGCCACGAGUUAUGGAAACAAAUCAGGGAGUCAGUUUCUUUUCCUAUGUGAUGACAUCACACAACAGACUCGUACAACAGCAGUAAUUAAUGGAAACGGUGGGCUUUCAAAUAAUGCAACAUCCUUCAUUUCUGCAGAUAAAACUGCUGUAUUUGGAUCCGGUGAGGACAUGGAAAUAACUAAACCCAUAACAUACAUAGUUGAUAAUUCUCUAAAUACUGCUGGAUUCCAGGAUAUGCCACAGCAAGAAAUGAGAGCUGGUCAGAAAAGUGCAACUCACUUAGAUAGUGAUAAGACUGUUGUAUUUUCCUUGAAUGAAGACAAUAAAAUGGAGAUGACCAAGAGCUGUACAGUAGUGGUAAACUAUGAUGAUAUGCAGCAGUGUGAAAGAACUCCUCAAGUGCUCUCCUUACAACCUGUAGAUAAAACUGUUUAUCUUAAUGACAUGGAUGAGACUAAAGUCAUAGCAGGCGUAACAGAUCAGCCAGUAGAAAAUGCUGGUGCCCAUGCUGCACAAAACCACCGUGAGAUUGGAUCAGCCAAAGACAGAACUGUCAUCUUUUUGCUUACUGAUGAGAAUGAAAUGGAAAUUACCAGGAGCCACACAGUGGCAUUAAACCAUGAUGCUGUCACCCAAGGUGAAGACAUUCCUAUUGCAUCAAUUGUGUCUUCAAAUAAAGCUGCCACACUUACACUGAGUGAGGAUAUGGAGAUAACUAACCCAAUUGCAUGUGUAAUUGAUAAAUCCCUGAGAAGUAUAACUGACUCCCUAGCAGAACCACAGCAAAAUAUAAGAACUGGUAAGAAAAACGUAACUGGAUCAGCUUGUGACAAGACUGUUUUAUUUUCCCUGAGUGAAGACAAUGAAAUGAAACUUACCAAGAGCUUUUCAGUGACAGUAGAGGGAGCUCCUCAAGUGCUAUCCAAAAUCCCUGCAGGGAGAACCAGCAGGUCUGUAUGUAGCAGUAACAUGGCAGUAACUAAGUCCACAUCUCUUGUUCCAGCAGAUGAAACUGUGGUGUUUAUGCAGAAUGAUGACAUGGAAAUAACUAAGCCCUUGUCGCACACAAUAAAUACAUCUCUAGAAGAUACUGGUUUUAAGCCUUUGCCACUGAAGAAAAAAGUAAUUGGCAAGGUGAUUCUGUCUGGAUUAGCCAAGGAAGAGACUGUGUGUCUCCUGCCUGAAGACAAUGAGAUGGAGUUUACGAGGAGCCAUACAGUGACAGUCAACAGUGAUAUUAUACCGCAAGUCAAGAUAGCUACUCAAGUACUGUCCUCAGCUCCUGCGCAUAAAAACAGUUUGUCCGCAUGCAGCAGUGAUGGAACCAUAACUAAAUCUACACCUUUUGUUCCUGCAGAUAAAACUAUGAUGUUUAUGUGUAACAAUGACAUGGAUAUAACAAGGCCCAUAUCAGGUGCAUUUCUGAAAAAUAGAUGUUUCAGAUCUUUGCCACAGACAGAGACUAGCAAGAUCACGUUAUCAGGAUCAGUUAAAGACAGCACUACUGUUCUCACACUACAUGAUAAUGAAAUGGAAAUAACAAAGUGCCAUACAGUAGCAGUUAACCAUGAUAUCAUCUCCCAGUCAGAAAUAAUUCCUCAGGUACUGUUUCACCAGGGUAAUAUGGACAUCACAGGAUCUUACACUGUUACUAAAAAUCCUAAGGAAAAUUUGCACAAGAAUGUGAUGAAAUUGGGGGUGCAUGCUGAACAGGAGCCCUCUUCAGACGAAAUGGUGGCAUUAGCUAUGGCUGACACAGAAAUUGUUAAAAGGCAUACAUUGUCAUUUGAUAACAGAACAAGCCUGGAUUGCCUGUCAGCCAGCCAAACUAAGCCCCUAUGCCAUCUCAAUAAGACUAAUGCAUUCACAUUUCACCAGGAUGGCACAGAAGUCACUGGCUUGCGACCUAAUACGGUUGAUAAUGGGAUCCUGGAGGGCUCUGAGAAACAAGAAAUGGCGAGGAAAAACAUACAACAGAAUUUGGGUAAUGUAGCUUUCCCUACAUGUGGGGAGAAAAUACAAGAUACAGAAGCUAUAAGAAAUCACACAGUUACCACUUUUAACCCUAACAACUAUGUGCCUGAUGGUGAGAAACAAAUAUCAAAGUCCUCCACAAGGUCAAAAGAAAAGACAGUUGCAUUUUCAGAUCCUGACAACAUGGAGGUAAAUGCUGUUAAAAACCAUUAUAUACGUUCCCAGGCCAAAUCUAACUCUGAAUUUCCUGCUUCAGUGGUUACUUUUGGGGGGGAAAUUGAUAAUGAUACACCUAAAAUGUCCAUUUGUGCUGCCAAUGUGAUGCUACCUAUGCCUAUGGAUGUUGUCCAAGAGCAACAGAACUCUUUGAAAACCCAAGCAAAACAACUAGGAUCCUGGACAUCUAAAACUAAUCAUUUUCCAAAGGAAGCCACAUCAAAUUAUGGAAAUUGUGAAGACAAAGAUUUUAUGUUUCCAGCUAAAAUGCCAGCCCCAGAUCCAACGUUAUCUGAGGAAACCCUUGAUUUAAACAGAGAGAGAAUGUGCAUAUUUAUUAGUGAAAGCAAGAGCCUUAAAGAUGAUCCAAGGAAGUUGUUUCAAUCAAUACAGGAUGGUAGCUUUGUUGGAGAAACAGAUACUUUUCCAAUUGAUAAAAUAACUCAGAAAUAUAAUACUGUGUUAUGUGACUGGGGUAGCACUGCGAAAGAUAAGAACUUGGACUGUCCUUCCAUCAAUAACUCUUCUACAGAAGAAGAACCAAGCAUUUUACCUAAACAAUCUGAUAUUAUCAGUGACUGCUCAAAGUUAAAAGACAUUGGGAAGAAGUCUGAACUUUUCCAACACGCUCAAAAUGUUGGGUCCAAUUUUGGGAAAGAAUUGCCCAAACUGACAGUGAAGCCAGGUGAUCCUUUGGGGUUGAGAGAAGAUGUCAAAAAAAAAUCCAGUCCUCCCAUUGGUUCUAAUGAGGGGACAGUUACUGGUUUUACAGAAGGUGUUACUCUCAGUUUGCCCUUAAAUACCAGAUUUAAUGAUAGCUGUAAAAUAAAAAAAAUACCCCUGGGUAUCUUCCCACCAAAACUGCCAAAUAAAAGGAAAUCUGUUGUUUCUAAUGUAGCAGAUAUUAAUGCCAGAUCAGAAGAGAGAAUAGAAGCUCAAGGUUCACAAGUCUCUCUGCUCAUGAAGAGAUCCUCAGACAAAGUUACACAAAACUCGAGUCCAUCUCAUUAUAUAGGGGAAGAAUUGCUUCCUGCAUGUGUAGAUGACAUGGAUUCUAACGAGUCUCUAAGCUGUGAAAUGCCAGAAAAGCUCUGUGAUAGGAUGAAUGAAAAAGAGAUUAUCGAUAAGGAAAGCCAUUUAUUUGAAAUAUUUGAAACUAAUAAUAGACAGAAAAGAGCUUUGAAUCAAGAGGAUGAGGACCUUCAGCAAGAAAAGAAGCUCAAGGUAGACGAGGGCUGGAAUGCUACUGCAGAGUUAAAGCAGCCCCUUUCCAGCACAAUGGUAGCUCAUGAAGGUAAAAAUGUUCCAGACGUGAUAACUAGAAAUCUGGAAAAGACGCAAAGCAGCAACAGCAGCUCUUUGGAUUCCAUUAAGACUGAUACAGACUUUACUAUUCAACAAAAUAGUGAAUUGGAGAAUCAGUUUCUCAUGGACAGCAUUUGUGAACAAAAUUUGCAGGAGAAACUGCAGGAAGGUACUAUCACAGUCCGUGAAUUUUUCACACUCCUCCAAGUCCAUUUUGUGAUACAGAAGCCUCGCCAGAGUUUGCUCCCACCCAAAUGUGCAGUUUAUGCAGGUCCUACCCCAGAAGAUGAAAUUCUGAGCCAGUACAUUUAUUGUCCUAAGUUACAGGCUUAUGAUGAAGAUUGUCAAGCUCUCUGCAAGAUAAUAGAAGAGUUAAAGUUGCCUGCAGGUGACCAAGAUAAACUUAUGGUGAAUGUGAACAAAAGUCUAUGGGAAGUAAUGAGAACCUGUUCUGAUGAGGAGCUGAAAGGCUUUGGAGCAGAGCUAAACAAAAUGAAAUCCUGUUUCACCAAGAAAAGUAAAGUUCUUGCUCACAGAGGAAAAGCAAAAUUAUAUAUGAAGUUGGUGCGAAAUGGACAGCUUCAGUGGGAAAAAUUACAAUCAAGGCUGGCUAAAGUAGAAGAACUUUUGAAAGAAAUGGAUAGUUGUCUUCUUGCUCUGGAGACAGAAACUGCUAAGUUGGAAGAGUCUGAGUCAGAUGUCAAUGAUGCCAUGGCAGAAUACAAGUCCAAACUGAGAGAAUCUGAGAGAGAGCUGGAAAACUGCAGAGCCCAAGAAGAAGCACUUCAAAGAGAUCAAGCAAAUGUUAAACAUCAAAAGAAAAACAUAGCUUCUGAAAUAAGCCAUCUUGAGGAACAUGAAAAAAGAUGUCAGGAACUCAUAGAGAACUACAACUUCUCUGAGUGGGUAAUGAAAGAAUGGAAUGAUCUUCAGGCAGUUUUCACCUUUCUUUAUGAUACUAUUGAGCUCACUCUCAGGUUUGGGUGUCCUGUAGAUGAUUCUAUUUCCAGCAACAAAUUCUGCAGGAAGAUUGUUAAUGUGAACUUUGAAUCGCUGUUGGAUGAAGCAAAAGCUUCACCAUCUUCAAAACUAGUGCAUAGGCUGAUCUUCCAGUUCAUUAACAGUCAGAGUUCAUGGCAGGAGAAAUGCUCAACAGUGUAUCAUCUUUAUCAGAUGCUGCAUGACAUUUCUCUUGUGGUGAGUCGCUGUAAACUUCUAGGAGAAGAGAUAGACUUUCUGAACAGAUGGGGUGGAAAAUCCAGUCUGCUGAAAACCGAAGUGAAUGAUACAAAAGUGAAGCUCUUAUUCUCCAGUUCUAUAGCUUUUGCAAAGGUUGAAGUUGAACUCUCUUUAUCUGCCAGCUAUCCUGCAUCCCCAAUAGCUUUCACUAUUCAAAAAUGCAUCGGCAAUGUUGACCAAGAGGAAAUUUCUUUGGUUUUAUCCAGUGUUCCAGUGGGAGCCAACUACUUGAAGAGAAUGGUUGAUCAGAUUCAUCAUAAUCUGCUCCAAUGUCCUUCAACAAUCCACAAACAGCAAAGAUAACUGAGCAGCUGUCCAAUAGUACCCUCUGCCUCUAGUUCAUUGAAAAAAGUCAACCAUUGCAGAAGCAAAUUUCCAAAGUCAAAUCUUUAUUUAUAGUUUCAGUAAGCAUAAGUGCUUAUAACUUUCUGCCUACUGAAAUAAGUAAUAACUAAGGAAUUUGCAUCGUUCCUUCAUUUUGUUUUAUUUCUCCAUAACUUUCAGUACUACUUAAGGCCACUGUUACUUUCUGAGAAACUAAUUCUUCUAGCACAAAAUAAUGGCGCAAUUCUAUACUAGUAGUUAAUGCAAUUUCAUAGUUCAAGUACUGCAAUUAUGUGUAUCUUCCAAGGUCUACACGUGUAUGAAUUGUUAGCAGUAGCUUUUGACCUCAAGAAAACUAACAUUUUUUAUAAAGUUGCCUCCAACAUGAAAUCAAUAUGAAUUACCAAAAAAAUUGCAUGUAGAAAACUAGGCGUACCUUCAAAUUUUUAAGAGAAGUAGGCUCUUGAUUCUAAGAUAAAGUUGAGUCUUGUUGCAUUCA